CACACAGUAGAGAACCGAGAGAGAGAGAUUUUAUGCAGCUUUCAUUCACUCAUCACUGCUCAUUGUCAUUUCUCGUGAAAAAGCCUUACGUGAGUGAAGAGAACAAUUCCUCUUCUCUUUUUCAGAUUCGGACCUUAAAGCUCUCUCUCUCUCUCUCUCUUCCCUGUCUAAACCCACCUGUACUAAAAAUUAAAUACAAAACAAGAAACAUAGUACUGUGUACUUUCUUUUCUUGCUUCCCUCAACUUCACACUUUCCUUUCACUUACAUAGGCCUUGAACCAUUUUCUUCUUGUUUUGUUCUUUGAUGUAUAUUGAUAAAUAUGAGUACAUUUACAGCCCAUGCUCUAUAAUGCAUUAAUCCUUUGUCGUCCUUCUUUGGUCUGUUCUCUCUUGUUCUUUCCUCUUCCUUUGAUGUGGGUCUUUUUGUUUCCAAAUCACAUUUCUUUGAUCACUUCAGACUGUGCAUUGCUUUGAUUCCAAUGAAAUCUCAAAUGGGGUUUUCUUGAAUUGUUAAAUGGUCAUUUGGGGUUUGCAUUUCUUGGUCGUUGCUUGAUGAAACACCUCUCUAAGUCCCCAUCGAAGUGUUCUUGCUGAAAAGUUUGAUUCUUUGAUCAAAAGAUCAAAACUUUAUUGUCGAAGAUAAGUGGGGUUUUAGGACAUGGUAAUGUUCUUGAGUUGGGGCGUGAAGAAAUUUUGAGUUCUUGCACUGAACAAGUGUUAACCCAGGAAUAAAAGACCAACUCAAUAAUGGCAUUUUCAUGCUUGGUGUAUCUUUUUCUUGGGUUUUUAUCAAAGUCUUUGUUAGUGACUGCUCAGUUGGAUGAUCAAGCUAUACUGUUAGCCAUUAACAGAGAGCUUGGAGUCCCUGGGUGGGGUGCCAACAACACAAAUUACUGCAAGUGGGCUGGCAUUAGCUGUGGCUUGAAUCAUUCAAUGGUUGAAGGGCUUGACCUUUCAAGGCUUGGCCUUCGAGGUAACGUGACUCUAAUCUCUGAGCUCAAAGCACUGAAGCAGCUUGAUCUUUCUAGCAAUAGUUUUCAUGGUGAAAUUCCUUCAGCUAUUGGGAACUUGUCUCAGCUUGAAUUUCUUGAUUUGUCUUUGAAUAAGUUUGGAGGCGUGAUUCCUAUGGAGUUGGGUAGUCUUAAAAACCUCAAGUCAUUGAACCUUUCUAAUAACAUGCUUGUAGGACAGAUACCUGAUGAGUUUCAAGGUCUAGAAAAGCUGGAGGAUUUUCAAAUUUCUAGUAAUAAGCUGAAUGGUUCUAUUCCAUCUUGGGUGGGUAAUUUGACAAACUUGAGGGUUUUUACUGCCUAUGAGAAUGACUUAGGUGGUGCAAUUCCUGAUAAUCUAGGUUCAGUUUCUGAGUUAAAGGUGUUGAACCUUCAUUCCAACAUGCUUGAAGGGCCAAUACCAAAGAGCAUUUUUUCUAUGGGGAAGUUGGAAGUCUUGAUUCUUACGCUGAAUCGGUUGAAAGGUGAGCUUCCUGAAUCAGUUGGCAACUGCAGAGGCCUCUCCAAUAUCCGAAUUGGAAACAAUGAUCUUGUAGGAGUCAUCCCUAAGGCUAUUGGGAAUGUUAGCAGCCUCACAUAUUUUGAAGUGGCCAAUAAUCAUAUGUCUGGUGAGAUUGUGUCUGAGUUUGCUCAAUGCUCUAAUCUAAUCCUCUUAAAUCUGGCCUCAAAUGGAUUUACUGGAGUUAUUCCUGCUGAGCUUGGACAGCUUGUAAAUCUGCAGGAAUUGAUUCUUUCGGGUAAUAGUUUGAUUGGAGAUAUCCCGAUAUCAAUUAUUGGAUGCAAGAGCCUUAACAAGCUUGACCUUAGCAAUAAUAGAUUCAAUGGCACUGUUCCUAAUGGUAUUUGCAACAUGUCAAGAUUGCAGUACUUACUUCUGGGUCAGAAUUCAAUCAAAGGUGAGAUACCUCACGAGAUUGGAAACUGCUUGAAACUUCUUGAAUUGCAAAUGGGUAGCAACUACUUGACUGGAAAUAUCCCUCCGGAGAUUGGUCACAUCAGGAAUUUACAGAUAGCCUUGAAUUUGAGCUUCAAUCAUCUCCACGGACCUCUGCCCCCUGAAUUAGGGAAACUCGACAAGCUGGUUUCAUUGGAUGUCUCCAACAAUCAACUUUCCGGCACUAUCCCUCCUUUAUUCAAGGGAAUGUUAAGUUUGAUAGAGAUUAAUUUCUCCAACAAUCUGCUCAGUGGCCCUGUACCCACCUUUGUACCAUUUCAAAAGAGUCCAAAUUCAAGCUUUUUUGGGAACAAAGGACUCUGUGGAGAGCCGUUGAGCUUGUCAUGUGGAAAUUCUUAUCCUUCUGGUCGGGAGAAUUACCAUCAUAAGGUCUCUUACAGGAUUAUACUAGCUGUUAUUGGCUCUGGUUUGGCGGUAUUUGUCUCUGUAACUAUAGUUGUUCUACUGUUUAUGAUGAGGGAGAGACAGGAAAAGGCAGCCAAGACUGCAGGGAUUGCUGAUGAAAAAACCAAUGACCAACCAGCAAUUAUAGCUGGCAAUGUCUUUGUUGAAAAUCUCAAGCAAGCAAUAGAUCUUGAUGCUGUUGUUAAAGCAACUUUGAAAGAUUCAAAUAAGCUCAGCAUCGGAACUUUCAGCACAGUAUACAAGGCAGUUAUGCCUUCUGGGAUGGUCUUGAUGGCGAGGAGACUAAAAUCCAUGGACAGAACCAUAAUUCAUCACCAGAACAAGAUGAUAAGGGAACUUGAAAGACUGAGCAAGCUCUGUCAUGAUAAUCUAGUGCGACCCGUUGGAUUUGUAAUUUAUGAAGACGUCGUUCUUUUGCUGCAUCAUUAUUUACCCAAUGGGACAUUAGCUCAACUUCUUCAUGAAUCAAGCAAGAAGUCCGAGUAUGAACCUGAUUGGCCUAUGAGGCUAUCCAUUGCCAUAGGGGUGGCAGAAGGAUUGGCUUUUCUUCAUCACGUGGCCACAAUCCACCUUGAUAUUUCUUCUUUUAAUGUUCUUCUAGAUGCUGACUUCCAGCCCUUGGUUGGGGAGGUGGAGAUAUCGAAGCUCUUGGAUCCAUCCAGAGGCACAGCAAGCAUCAGUGCAGUUGCAGGGUCAUUUGGUUAUAUUCCCCCGGAGUAUGCAUACACAAUGCAAGUUACAGCUCCAGGAAAUGUUUAUAGCUAUGGGGUAGUACUGCUCGAAAUCCUAACAACUCGGCUACCAGUCGACGAGGACUUUGGUGAAGGGUUAGAUUUGGUGAAGUGGGUUCAUGGUGCUCCAGCUAGGGGAGAGACUCCUGAGCAGAUACUUGAUGCAAGACUUAGCACCGUUUCCUUCGGUUGGAGGAGAGAGAUGCUGGCAGCUCUUAAGGUAGCGUUACUCUGCACCGACAGCACACCAGCCAAGCGGCCAAAAAUGAAGAAGGUAGUUGAAAUGCUUCAAGAAAUAAAGCAAAGCUGAUGGAGCCGCCUGUGAAGCUAUUUGAUUCUGCACGGCCUAUAUUUAUUAAGACUAUGGUUAGUGGGCUGUACACAACAUGAGAAGCUUGUUUCUGAAUACAUGAUUCGUUUCUGAUAUGCCUACCUGGAGGAGUAAGACUCACUUUGUAUAUUUCAUUUCGACCUUGGAUUCUGUCCAUUUGCUUUGUACCAAAUUCAGUUCCAGCAAUGGCAACUUGUAAAGUACUAUUUGAGUCAGGAAAAAAAAGAAAGCAGUUGAAGGGUGGAUGGACGGAAGAGGGUGCUUCAUUAACAAGAUCACUCUUGGGUUUUUAUUGCAUGUUAAGCCUAAAAUUUCUAUCCUGAAGUUCUGGUCUUGAAAUGUUGGAAAUAUAUGUGAACAGUCGAGUAUAAUUUUUCUUAUGAAA